AUGGAACGAUACCAGCGCAUUGAGAAGGGCGGCACCAUUGGCGAGGGCACGUAUGGCGUCGUGUACAAGUCGAGGGACCUCAAGACGCAGAAGGUAGUGGCGCUGAAGCGUAUCCGCCUGGAGACCGAAGACGACGGCAUUCCGAGCACGGCACUCCGCGAGAUCUCGGUGCUGCGGGAGCUGGAGCACCCGAAUAUUGUGAGCCUUUUGGACUGUCUGCAGGAGGACGGCAAGCUGUUUCUCGUGUUUGAGUUUAUGGACAUGGAUCUCAAGAGGUACAUGGAACACAACAUUGGCAAGCUCGAGCUCAGUCAGGUCAAGAGCUUCCUGUACCAGCUGCUCAAGGGUCUUGCGUUCUCGCACUCGUGCGGCAUCAUGCAUCGUGACUUGAAGCCGCAAAAUCUAUUGGUGAACGCGAAAGGCGCGCUGAAAAUCGCCGAUUUUGGUCUGGCGCGAGUCUUUAGUCUCCCGAUCAAAAAGUACACGCACGAGGUGGUCACGCUGUGGUAUCGGGCUCCCGAAAUCUUGCUUGGUCAGGAGGUCUACUCGCCUCCUGUCGACAUCUGGUCAGUCGGCGUAAUUUUUGCCGAGAUGGUUUUGAAGAAGCCACUCUUUCCCGGUGACUCCGAGAUCGAUCAGCUUUACCGUAUUUUUAGGACUUUUGGUACACCGAAUGACACAUCAUGGCCAGGCGUUACAAAGUUGCGUGACUACGCGCCUACAUUUCCGAAGUGGAAGAGGAAAAUCAUGUCCGAGCUUUUUCCUCAGCUAGACGAGAGUGGAUUAAAUUUGCUGGAGUCCAUGUUGCGCUACGAUCCAUCCACGAGAAUCAGUGCAAAAGAGGCAUUGCGCCACCCAUAUUUUGAUGACGUGGAUUCUGAGUUUAUGUAG